AUGUUUGCCGUUAGAUUCGAUCCUACAAAGAUAGUGGAGGAACCAAAGAAUGAACCCAAAAAAAUUAUACCGUUGAAGAGGAGAAAAUCAGUUAAUGAUGAUGGUGAAAGUGAUGAAGAGGAAGAGAAAGAAGAUGAACCAGUAAAGGCUGAUGAUGAAGAUAUACCUGAGAAUGAAGAACAUCAAUCUGAGUCCGAUUCUGAGCCUGAAGAGGAGAGCGAACCUGAACCACUCAUUGAAGACGAUACUACUUUGGAAUCUGAGAAAAAGCACACUUCUGUUCUUUCAAGAUUUCAACAAACAAUUUCAUUACAAGAUAAAAUGCACAGUUCUGACCUAGUGCCUGAGAAAACUGAAAAUACAGCCGAUCAAGAAAUAGAAGAUGAAGACGUGGAUAUGGAUGUGCACGAUCUAGAACAUAUUCCACAACCUGCCGUGGUGAGAACUUCAAAAGAAGAUAAGCAAUCAUUAAAGGAAAAUAAGUCAAUUGCAUGGAUAAAUACUACAAAAGUGCAUUACGAUAAUACAAUGAUAAAACCUUACACUUCAUAUCAAGAUAGCCUAGAACCCAAAUUACUAAACAAUAUUACGAAAUAUUUCUCCAAUGAUACUUUCCCCAUUCAAACCAUAUUAUUAGACACUUUAUUACCAGUUCUAAAUUUCUCACAAAGAAUUACCAAGAAAAACUUUACAAGAAGAGUAGGUGACAUCUUGGUGAAUGCUUCGACAGGUUCAGGUAAGACACUUGCAUAUUCUAUCCCCAUCGUACAAACCCUUUCCAAACGUUCUGUGAAUAAACUCCGUGCAUUAAUUAUAGUCCCAACAAAAUUAUUAAUUCAUCAAGUUUAUGAUACACUAAGUAAAUUAUCACAGGGGACGAGUCUGAUAAUAAGUAUUUCCAAACUAGAAAGUUCUCUUAAGGAAGAGCAUCAAAAACUUCAAAAUUUGGAACCUGACGUAUUAAUAAUUACACCAGGUAGAUUAGUAGAUCACUUAAAUAUGGGAUCUAUUAGUUUGAAAAAUUUGAAAAUGCUUGUCCUGGAUGAAGCUGAUCGUCUAUUAAAUCAAUCUUUCCAAAAUUGGUGUUUUGAAUUGAUGAAUAGAUUGAAAACUGAUAAGCUGGAUCAAAUGCCUGGAAAUGUUAUUAAGAUGGUCUUUAGUGCCACAUUGACCACAAAUACUCAAAAGUUACAUGAUUUGAAUCUAUAUUCUCCAAAAUUAUUUGUUAUGGACUCAGUUAAAUUAUAUCAUUUACCUGCUAUGUUGCAAGAAUUUAAUAUUAAUAUUCCAACGGCAAAGAGUCUUUACAAGCCAUUGUUAUUACUACGUUUGUUGAAGGAACAAUCAACCGCUAGAAUAUUAGUAUUUGCCAAGUCGAAUGAAGCGUCAUUAAGAUUGGCCACUCUAUUGAACAUUUUAAUAAACAAGAAUAUGGAAAACUUGAGCACCACUAAACGUUAUGAAAUAACAUCAAUUAAUUCUAAUAAUUCCAAAUCAGAAAAUAAAAAAUUGGUGGCAACUUUUGCUGCUGCUGCAACCGACGAGAAUAUAAAUAAGAUUCUAAUAACUACUGAUUUGAUGUCAAGAGGUGUUGAUAUUACAAAUGUUACUGACGUUAUUAAUUAUGAUGUUCCAAUUUCAUCUCAACAAUACGUGCAUCGUUGUGGUAGAACAGCCAGAGCAAAUACUAAAGGUAACGUAUAUAAUAUGUUGGUGGGUAAAGGUGAAAGAAACUUUUGGUCACAACAUAUUGACAAUGACGUGGCUAGAGAUGUUAAUGGCUUCACACCAAAAUUAUGGGGUGUACAAGAAGAAGUAGAACAGCCAGAGGAAGAAGAGGAAGAUUCAAAGGUCAGGACGAACGCCUUCUUGCAAAUUAGUAAAGAGGAAGACGCAAUCUAUAAGGAAUGUUUACAAAAUUUGAAAGAGCAAAGCAUGGCUCAUAAUUAG